CCCCCCGCCUGGGCUCCGCGCUGCGUCACUAGCCGGGCGCCGGGGACCGGCAAGCGGGACGGAGCCGGGCCAGCCACGAGGGAAGCUACUAUGGCUGCUACAGUGAACCUGGAACUUGAUCCCAUCUUUUUGAAAGCCCUGGGCUUCCUGCAUUCAAAGAGUAAGGAUUCUGCUGAAAAGCUAAAAGCUCUGCUUGAUGAGUCUUUGGCCAGAGGAAUUGAUUCAAGCUAUCGUCCUUCACAAAAGGAAGUAGAGCAACCCAAAGUGUCUAUUACCAAGCCAAUUUCCAGUAAGCAGGAGCCUAAAGCUUCGUCCAGUCUGCCUUCAGGCAACAAUAAUGGCAAGCCCAUCACAACAGAAAAGGUGAAAAAAGAAACAGAGAAGAGGACUGCUGAUAAAAUGAAAGUGGAAAUUGGUGAAGGAGUUGAUGUUCCAAAGAAACCCAGGCUAGAGAAGCAAGAGACUCGUUCGUCCCCUAUCACAGUCCAGACUAGCAAGGAUUUAUCCAUGCCUGAUCUGUCUAGUUUUGAUGAAACCAGUGCUGAUGAUUUUGCCAUGGAAAUGGGCUUAGCCUGCGUUGUUUGCCGGCAAAUGACAGUUACUUCUGGAAAUCAGUUAGUAGAGUGUCAGGAGUGCCAUAAUCUCUACCACCAGGAUUGUCAUAAACCUCAGGUGACAGACAAAGAAGUCAAUGAUCCUCGCCUCGUGUGGUAUUGUGCCCGCUGUACCAGGCAGAUGAAGAGAAUGGCUCAAAAGACUCAGAAACCACCUCAGAAACCAGCUCCUGCAGUAGUUUCAGUAGCACCAACUGUGAAAGAUCCAUUGGUAAAGAAACCUGAAAUUAAGCUCAAGCUGGAUACCCCAACAACUUUCCUAGCAUUCAAGAGGACAGAAGUCAAGACCACAGCAGCAAUUUCGGGGAACUCAACCGGUACCAGUGUUUCCUCUUCAGCAACCAGUGGCCUUACUGGAUGGGCGGCUUUUGCAGCCAAAACCUCCUCCACCGGUCCAUCAACCACCAAACUGGGAUCAACAGCACAGAGUACCAGCGGAAAACCUGCAGCCUCCUCUAAUAACCAGAAACCUGUGGGUUUGUCAGGGUUAACAACAUCUAAAACAGGACUAGGGUCAAAAAUAGCUUCCAGUAACAACAACACAAACCCUGUUCAACUAAAACCUCUUCCACCUCUGACCUUGGGGAAAACAGGUCUUAGUCGUUCAGUGAGCAGUGACAAUGUCAGCAAAGUUGGCCUUCCUAGUCCUAGCAGCACGGCCCCAGGCAGCAGCAGCCAGGUGAAUAGUGGGAAUGGAAGCAGUAGCACAACAGGUAACAGUGGGAGCAGCACCAGCAAAUCAAGUGCAGAUUCUGGCAAUCAGUCACUGUCCCUAAAGGGCCCUACUUCUCAGGAAUCGCAGCUCAAUGCUAUGAAAAGGUUACAAAUGGUCAAGAAGAAGGCUGCCCAAAAGAAACUGAAGAAGUAAUAGAGCUAUCUGUUAAUCUUGUUUCUGUGUUUCUUCAAAACAAAGAUAUGUGUGAAGUAUAACAUAAUUCAUUUAAUAAAUAUCCAUGCAGCUAAUUUCUAGAUUGGCUUUUUUUUUUUUCUAUAAUAUGCUUAACAAUGUAAAUCUGUGUAUUUUCUCCAUCUACAACAGACUGUAAAUAUACUGUAUGCUUCAGAUCUAGCGGACUAAACAUGUCCCAUUUCUCAAGUUUGAAGAAACGUUUGUUCAUAUUUGUUUAAAGUUUGCAUAGACAAUGUAUUGUAGUAUUUGCCAGUGGUGAUGUAAUAACUAAGGAUACGAUUUAGUCACGGAGAUCAUGGAUUCCAUGACUUUACUGGAUUUCCGUGACUUCGGUUUCAGCUAUCAACGGCAGGGGCGGAGCUGGGAGCCCCCGAACCGCAGCUGGAGCAGGGGCUGUGCCUCUGCCUCAGCCCCUGUGGCGGUGGGGCUGGGGCUGUCAGUCCCCUCCAUAGGGCUCCAGGUGUCAUUUCUUCCUUCCCGCCUCUCCCCAUUAUUUUUAGUGAUAGUCACGGCUCCUAUGCAUUUUUUUUUAUUAUUAUUGCCUGCAACCUGUCCAUGACUUUUACUAAAAAUAACUGUGACAAAAUCUUAACCUUAGUUAUAAUUAAGGAUGCAGACGAUGUUACAUUUGUUUAUACAUGUUCAUAACUUUUCUAACAAUUCUCCUUUGAGAACAAAACUCUCUUUAUUUGGUGUCUGUGACUGACUUUGGGAAGUUUGAUGAAAAACCUUUAAGGAAGUUGUAUUCUCUAUUGGGCACUACUGUGACCACUCCUGAAAUGCUGAGUCCAGUUCUGGGGUCCACACUUCAAGAAGGAUGUUGAAAAAUUAGAGCAGGUUCA